GUUGUGUCCGCUUGUGUGUUUGAUCAACGUUGCUCCUCCACAGACCGUUUGCUGCGCAUUUACUCGUCUCGGGCAGCGACGUUUCAGAAUUUAUUUUGAGUGUUUCCGCGCUUGUGGUUUCUGUGUACUUUUGUUCCCGUGUUGUUUCGUCGAAAACUAGGUAUCACCAAGUAAUAGAAAGCGCGAUCAACUGUCUUGCGCGCAAUGGUAAAUUGCGUUGUGGUCAGGUGCAGCCAUCGCACUAGAAAUAAGCCCUCCGAAAGGAACUAUAAAAGUGUUGGAUUUUAUGCAAUCCCCAAGGUGAGACUGGGUGAAUGCCAACAAACUGCCGCUAUAACCGCUAAAAGAAGAGCGGCGUGGCUGCAAAGAAUCAGGCGCGCGGACCUUUCUGCAAAUGCGACGCACUAUCGAGUAUGCGGCGAACAUUUCGUGACAGGGCGCCCAACAUACUUCAUGGAUGAGCUCAACCCAGACUGGGCACCGAGCCUCAAGCUCGGGUACAAGUCGUCAGUUGCAGACAAACCUGCUGCCUUCGACAGGUACAAGCGUACACAAGCGCGAGCCAAAGGGCCUGGACGUAGCAAGGCGGCAGCAGCAAGUCAGCAACCAGACAUCGCAGCGGCUACACCCGAGGUAGUCGGCGAGAUGCAGCGUUCCCUGCUGCCAGAAGAACAAUCACCCGAACACUCCGAGUUGCAAGACCAGGGACGUUGCGCAGGAUCGCCCGAGAGUCCUAGUAAUGAUAUUGUAAGUUGCAAGACCAGGAAUGUGUUACGGAGCUUCAGAUGA